CGCAGUCUGGCCGUGCGGUGCGCGACACACAGACGCCCGCGUCCAUCGCCGCUGUCGUCGUUGUCGUCGUCUCGUUGACGAGACACCGCCGCGCGUGCCGAAACGCCGCCGAUUUGUAUCCGACACUCGCCGUCUAUGACGAUCUAUAUGACAUACUGAUAUAAUUAUUUACGACCGAUCGAUCAGAGACGUGUUCCUAUAUUAUAAUAAACGUCAGCGUUUGUGUGUAUUAUAUAAUAAUUAUAUAUCUAUAUAUAUAUAUAAUAUCAUAAUAAAAUAAAAUAAUUACGGAAUCGAACACGUUUCUGUCGUCCGUCCCGUCCCGUUUCACGUACUUGUCGCUGGCGUUUUCCGCCGCCGCCGCCGUCGUCGUAGUCGUGUGUGGGGUAUACGCGCGCGAGUGACAUGUCUGACAAGCCGGGCGCCGUUAACGCGACCGCGUCUGCAGAGGAACCGGUCUGUGCCGAGGCCACGCCGCAGCCGACACCGCCGGUGCAGCAGCAGCUUGACGAGGGUUCCCGACCGUCGCCAGCUAGACAGCACCAGAACGGUGGUUCGUCGGCCGCCAUGGCCGGGGUCGUCCCGUCACCGGACACGCCGCGGAAGAGAGGUGAUGUUAAAGAUGAAACGUACUCGUCCGAAAAUAACAGAAACUCUGGAUAUGAAACGAAUUUAUACCUUUAUUCUGAUGAAAUGGAUGACCGGCCGCGGGUGCCCACUUUCCUCAACUCGAUCGCCGAUUACUCGAACACCAUCCCGAAUUUGGCGGAUUCCGACACCAAAUCAACCACUGCCAAACAGGGAUCGUCCAGGAUGGGUACGCUAGUCGGCGUCUACCUGCCGUGCGUACAGAACAUUUUCGGUGUCAUUUUGUUCAUUCGGCUAUCGUGGGUUGUCGGUACGGCAGGCGUCAUCUACGGAUUCGGAAUCGUGUUCACCUGUUGUUGCGUGACAAUGUUAACUGCUAUCUCUAUGAGUGCCAUAGCCACAAACGGUGUUGUGCCUGCUGGCGGACCGUACUUCUUAAUAUCCAGAUCGCUGGGUCCCGAGUGCGGGGGAGCUGUCGGUAUGCUCUUCUAUACCGGUAUCACAUUGGCCGCGUCCAUGUACAUCAUCGGGGCAGUUGAAAUCAUACUGACGUACAUGGCACCAACCUUAUCGAUUUUCGGCGACUUCACCAAAGACAGCAGUAUAAUGUACAACAAUUUCCGCGUAUACGGGACAAUAUUGCUGAUGGUCAUGAGCUCGAUCGUAUACGUCGGCGUGAAGUUUGUCAACAAAUUUGCGUCCGUGGCAUUGGCUUGCGUGCUGUUGUCCAUAUUAUCUGUAUACGUGGGCAUUUUUUAUAACUUCCAUGGCAGCGAUAAACUUUAUAUGUGCUCGCUGGGUAAUCGGCUGCUGAAAGACAUGGAUUUGAGAAACUGCAAUAAAGCAGUGGGUGGUUACUUGUACAACAUGUACUGUGCCAAUGGAACCGGACCGUGCGAUAGCUACUUCGAAAUGCAUAAUACAUCGAUUGUAAAAGGCAUUCGGGGCAUUAGCAGUGGUGUUUUCUUUGAAAAUAUCCUUGGUAACUUUUUGGAAAGUGGACAAUACAUAGCCAGAGGUCAUAGUCUUGACGAUAUUCAGCCAUUGAGUAAAAAUACGUAUAAUAUGGUAAUAGUAGAUAUUACUACAACAUUCACUAUACUUAUUGGCAUAUUCUUUCCAUCCGUAACUGGAAUCAUGGCUGGUUCUAACAGAUCUGGAGAUCUAGCAGAUGCACAAAAAUCAAUCCCCAUCGGUACAAUAUUGGCUAUUCUGAGCACAUCAUCGGUUUACUUGUCUGCCGUCCUACUAUUUGGAGCCACGGUCGAUAAUUUACUACUUAGAGACAAAUUUGGUCAGAGUAUUGGAGGACGUCUGGUGGUAGCCAAUAUAGCAUGGCCAAAUGAAUGGGUGAUUUUGGUUGGCGCGACAUUAUCAACUUUAGGAGCCGGGCUUCAGAGUCUUACUGGAGCACCGAGGCUGUUGCAAGCUAUAGCCAAAGACGACAUUAUACCGUUUCUACGACCGUUCGCCAAGUCUUCGGCAUCUGGCGAACCCACUAGAGCUCUAAUAUUGACUGUAGCCGUAUGUCAGUGCGGCAUACUGAUUGGAAACAUCGACAAUCUCGCUCCACUCUUGGCCAUGUUCUUAUUGAUGUGUUAUGCGUUUGUCAACUUAGCGUGCGUCUUACAGACGCUGUUGCGCACACCAAACUGGAGACCUAGGUUUAAGUACUAUCAUUGGACAUUGUCGUUUACUGGACUCGUGUUGUGCAUUGCUGUCAUGUUCAUGUCAAGUUGGUAUUUUGCGCUGUUAGCUUUAGGCAUGGCGGGAGUAAUUUAUAAAUACAUCGAGUAUCGAGGAGCCGAAAAGGAAUGGGGUGACGGUAUGCGUGGUUUGGCUUUGUCAGCUGCGAGAUACAGUUUGCUACGACUGGAAGACGCGCCCCCGCAUACCAAGAACUGGCGCCCGCAAAUUCUCAUGUUAGUCAACUUCAACGCUGACCUGCCGAAGUACCGUAAGAUAUUCUCAUUGGUGUCCCAACUCAAAGCGGGCAAAGGACUCACAGUAAGCGCGACUGUGAUCGAGGGCGAUUACAUUAAGAAAACUGGUCAUGAUGUACAAUCUACCAAGAAAGAACUAGUUAGGUUGAUGGAUGAGGAAAAGGUCAAAGGAUUUGCAGAUGUUUUAGUUUCCAAUAAUACAUCAGAGGGACUCAGUCAUUUGAUACAAAUCGCUGGACUUGGAGGACUAAAACCUAACACUGUGAUUCUAGGCUGGCCAAACAGCUGGCAACAAUCUGAGAACGAUCGGUCGUGGCAAGUCUUUUUACACACUAUCCGUAUCGUAACAGCUGCUAAGAUGGCCUUAAUUGUACCUAAAGGCAUAAGAUCGUUCCCAGACUCAGCAACAAAGCUGUCGGGCACAAUCGAUAUUUGGUGGAUCGUUCACGACGGAGGUAUUCUGAUGCUCAUACCUUUCUUGUUAAAACAACACAGGACCUGGAAAAAUUGUAAAUUGAGAAUAUUCACAGUGGCUCAGACCGACGACAAUUCCAUUCAGAUGAAAAAAGAUCUUAAGACGUUCUUAUAUCAACUCAGAAUACCAGCAGAAGUUGAAGUGGUUGAAAUGACAAAUAACGAUAUAUCAGCUUAUACAUAUGAAAGAACAUUGAUGAUGGAACAACGAAAUCAAAUGUUAAGGGAGCUCAGACUUAAUAAGAAAGAAAGCUUUGGAAUGAUGCGUAAUAUCAUAGAUUUCAAUCGAGAAACACCGACUGGAGAGAAUACACCAUUGGUGCAAUCCAUAAUAGACCAACAUCAUAGAAAGGACGCAUCAGAAGGAAGAUCUGCUCCUAAAGUACGUUUCCAGGAAGAAACCAGUGCGGACGACGAAGCGAAAAAAUCAAAACCUGCCGAAAGUGCAUUCGAUGUUGAUGAGAAACGAAUUGGUAAUGGUGAGAAAUCGGGAGUGUUAAAAGACUCGCUACCGAAAGAAACAACAGAUUCAUCAACAUCGACAAUGCGUCCAGACGAAGAUAAUGUGAGAAGAAUGCAUACAGCAGUUAAACUGAACGAAGUCAUUGUUAGUAGAUCAAGAGACGCUCAAUUGGUUAUAUUCAACUUACCAGGACCGCCUAAAGACACCAAAUUAGAGAGGGAAUCAAACUACAUGGAAUUUUUAGAAGUGAUGACCGAAGGCCUUGACAAAGUGCUGAUGGUGAGAGGCGGUGGCCGCGAAGUGAUCACAAUUUAUUCAUAAGUAACCUGAAGCUCACGUCUCGUCCGUCAGGUACGAAUUUUUAUACUUGUUUACACUAAUUUUAUGUUGGCCGGCAACUUUCUCAACACGCCAGGCGUCUAUCGAAUGGUUUUUUUUUUUUUUUAUUUCAAAUGUUUUGUUUGUUUUUUAGUGUUAUUACGUUAAACAAAUUGUUGCA